AUGCCGGACAUCCUCACCGUUGACGAGACGUCAUACCUAUACUUCCUCGAGCAGAACGUCUCAGUGCCUCUCAAAUCUGGCGUCGGGGUUAUCCGAGCCAACGUUUACAGACCGAAGGCGGACGGACCACAGCAGGUGACGUGGCCAGUCAUUGUCACUUACGGCCCGUACGGGAAGGACAUUCCAUAUGAGACGUAA